AUGAAUAUUCAACCUUUAGAUAUCUUCGAAGCCGAAGAUUUAAUUAAAUAUGAAAUGUUUGGUUUAUCAAACGCUACUAUGGUACCAGUUAUGAUUACAAUGACCCCAGCUGGUAUUACACCAUUGACGCCGCAACCGGCUUCAUCAGCUUCAAUCGGUAAUCAAUCAGUAACAGUAUCAACACCAUCAGUAGCUAGUAUUGGUAAUCCUAUAUUAAAUACAUUAACUGGUACCUCAAUGGAAACACAAUAUGACGCCAGCACAAAUACGAUUAGUAAUAAUUUAGGAAGUCUUGUUAGCAAUUUCAAUGAUCAAACUUUAACACAAACAGCACCAUCAUCAACAGCAUCAACACCUUUACAAUUACAACAACAACAACAAAUUCAUCAAUUUCAUACUUUACAAUUACAUCCCCCAGGGAAUACAACUCCAUUAGGGGUGCAACCCCAAUUAAUACCACCCGGGAGUAUCAUAGUUCCGGCAUCACAAACAGCAAAAUUAACACCUGAACAAUUACAGCAACUUGAGUUGGCAGCAGCAAAUGGUCUAAUAGGUAGUGGUAUUGUUUAUCAAACAUUACCAUUACCGGCAAUAACACCACCCCAACAACAACCACCUCCAAUAUUUUCUACAACACAACAAUCACAAUUAACCCAAACCCCAGUUGAAUCACAACAAUUCAUAGAUGAGCAAUCCCAAGAACAACAACAGCAUUGUCAUAUUUUACAAACGCAACAACAACAAAAUAAUAUAAGUACAGCAACAAAAAUAACCCAGACUACAAAACCAGUAACAACAAAAAAUGCUGCCACUAUAACAACAGCUACAAUGACAAUAUUAGAAGAUGAAAAUGAAAAUGAAGAUGAAGAUGAUGGUGAAGCAGAUGAUUUAGAUGAUGAUGAUAAUGAUGAUGAUGAUAUGGAAUCAAAUCAUGGAAACGAUUCAUAUACAACAUCAUGUAUUCCAAAGAAUUUCUCAAUGAAUGGAAGAAAUAAUAAUAAUUUUGUAACAAAUUUUGGACGGAUAACAGCUGGUGAUUUUUUUAGUAGUCAAUAUGAACCUGGCUGUAAUGUUGGUUGUAAUGCUCUUAUGAUAAUGGGUAUUGGAAGUAGCAGUAGUAGCGGGAAUCGUAAUGGGAAUAUUGAAAUGAAUGGUAAUACAUUAUUAACAAAUCGUAAUAGAAGACAAUCACAACAACAGCAAUUGCAACAACAGCAGCAACAAUAUUCAGAGCUACAACGGCAAAGUUCUAUAAUUGGAAAUCCAAUUGGAAAUUUAUUAGAUAAUAAUAUUGUAACAUCUGGAAUAUGUAGUAAUGGUAUUGGAAGCGAUAUAAUAGGUGAUGAUAAUGGAACAUAUAAAAAUGAAACAAAUAACACGAACAAUGACCAAGUGAAACAGCAGUUACCUUGCAAUUGCACUUAUAUGAGCUUUGAUAACUUUACGGAUUAUCAAAUAGUAAGACCAUUAGUUUAUAGUUAUACACUCACAAAAAGAAUAGCUUACUUACAAGUAGCUUCUUUACUAGCGACUAAACCAAAUCAGCCAACAAUAAGUCGGGCCCCAGUUGAUACUAAUAACGAUGAAAUAAUAAAAAAGGAAAAUAAGUUUAAAUUAAUUAUGAUGGUUAAAGUAAGUUUUAGGUACUCCAUCACAACACUUGCAGAUCAAAAUUAUGUCUAUGUACGUAAACUUGAAAUUAAAGCGAUUGAUUUACAUACAGUAGCCAUUUUUGAUUACAUUUGUCUUUUUGAAGAUAUUUCAAUAUUUGAACCUGAUCUUGUGCAGCAACAACAGAAUUCAUAG